UUCGCCGUCUGACUGUAAACUUUCUGUCACGCAUGCGUAGAGCAACUACGUGCUAAACAGCACAUUCUGGUUUUGUAGCUAGCUGAAGCUAACAGGCUAUCCCUCGUUUGUUGUUACGGUCCGAUCCAGCACCGAGACCCGGUCCAGACCCGGUAACACGGUGCCGGUUCUGACCCGGAACCUGCGCUGACCGCGGAAUACAGCUACAGUUAGCUCUGUUAGCAUCGGCGGCUAGCUCUAACUUAGCUCCGCUCCAGCAGCAGAGAACCAGAGCAGAGCCAACAGAAGCUAACAGGAGCUAACAGGAGCUAGCUGGACAACAUGGCGACAGAGGAGAAGAAACCAGAGACAGAAAACAUCAAACAGCCUUCGUCUUCCUCGGGGUCCGGCAGCAAGUCUAACCCAGCCAAACCAAACUACACAGUGAAGUUCACGCUGGCCGGACACACCAAGGCCGUCUCUUCUGUCAAGUUCAGCCCCAACGGAGAGUGGCUCGCCAGCUCCUCUGCUGACAAGCUGAUAAAGAUCUGGGGAGCGUUUGACGGGAAGUUUGAGAAAUCCAUCGUCGGACACAAACUGGGAAUCUCUGAUGUCUCCUGGUCUUCAGACUCCAACCUGCUGGUCUCUGCAUCCGACGAUAAAACGCUCAAGAUCUGGGACAACAAUUCUGGGAAGUGUCUGAAGACUCUAAAGGGACACAGUAACUACGUCUUCUGCUGUAACUUCAACCCUCAGUCCAACCUGGUGGUGUCCGGAUCGUUUGAUGAGAGCGUUCGUAUUUGGGAUGUUAAGACCGGAAAAUGUCUGAAGACUCUGCCUGCUCACUCUGAUCCUGUCUCUGCUGUUCACUUCAACAGAGACGGCUCGCUCAUUGUCUCCAGCAGCUAUGACGGCCUCUGUCGUAUCUGGGACACAGCGUCAGGACAGUGUCUGAAGACUCUGAUUGAUGACGACAAUCCUCCAGUGUCUUUUGUAAAGUUUUCUCCAAAUGGAAAAUACAUCCUCGCUGCUACGCUGGACAACACGUUGAAGCUCUGGGACUACAGCAAGGGAAAGUGUUUGAAGACGUAUUCGGGCCAUAAGAAUGAGAAGUACUGCAUCUUCGCCAACUUCUCAGUCACAGGAGGGAAGUGGAUCGUGUCGGGCUCUGAGGACAGUAUGGUUUACAUCUGGAACCUUCAGACCAAAGAGAUCGUUCAGAAACUUCAAGGACACACAGAUGUGGUGAUCUCCACCGCCUGUCAUCCCACAGAAAACAUCAUCGCCUCAGCCGCUCUGGAAAACGACAAAACUAUCAAACUGUGGAGGAGUGACUGUUAGACCAGAGGACACCAGGUCCAGGUCCAGAGCCUCAACUGUUCCCGUCUAACACAGAGACACCGAGUCAGAGCAGGUCCCAUUGUGUCCCAGCUUCAUGCCUAAAACCACUGAUCGGUCUGAUCACACCGCUAAAAUACAAAGAUGAAAAUCCAGCUGCUAAACAUUAAGAAACAAGUGUUUGUUUGUUAAAGGAGCAGUUCACUGAUUUCCAGCCCAGACCUCGUUAGAUGUUGAUUUGUGACGAUGCAGAGAGAAGAUCGGUCUUUAGAUACAGACUGAGGACAGGAAGUCCUCAGGUGGAGCUGAGCUUUUAUUUUGAAUUUUCUCUUUUUAUUUCAGUGAGAGGGCGACAGGUUUCCUGAUCCAUCACGUUAGUUUGACCAAUCAGCAUUUCCUCCCUUUCACAUUAAAAGACUUCCUGUUGUCCCUUUGAACACAUGAAGAAAACUUUUCUGUCACAUUCAACAGUCUUCAUGAACUGCAGUGAACGGGCUCCACCUUUAAGCAACAGCAACAACCUUAUGAAAACAUCUGUUGACAAACUGUCACACAGCUGCUGCAGAAUCAUAAUCUAAGUCUCAUUUAUCACGUCAGAUGAUCUGUCGCAUCAAAACCAGACUGCACUGUUACAAACAGUGAUUUAACAUCUCUGAACACAGAGCUGUUGGUCGACUGCUGCCUCCAUCAGUCUGUGUUACUGUGAGGGUCCACAGUUUAAUGUGUUCAACAUCAGGAGCAGCAAGCAGCAAUAAGCCAGUUUUCAGUUCUACAGUGAUAGAAAAGUUGACAGUUACUGUACCGUGUACGUUUGUGUAUCUAUGCUAUUGGAACAAAAGCAACAGGAAGUUGAAUCUCUCCUUUAUUUGAGUUAUUUUCUAAGAGGAGAUUUUUUACACUUAUCUUAAAACUCCAAUUAAAAGCCCCGUCUCUUUACCAGCGCCGUGUGGCCACACAUUUAGACAAAUCAAGGCCUGUCUCUAUCAGAGGCCUGGUCUCUUUGCUAAGCAGUUGAUUUUUAUAGAAGAUCUUUGGAUGUAUAAAGCAGGUCGUUGGCUCGCUCACAUUAUGUGUCUGCUCCUGGAUUACCCUGUAAGAUCUUCAUAUUCCUUCAGUCUGUCAGGGUCCUGUUCACUCUGGGUGAAAUAAACAGUCUGACUGUAUCUCCUGAUCUUUGCUGAGCAACACUUUUGUGUGAAAAGAAUUAAAGGCCUGUCUCAAAUACAGGCCUGUUGAGUUCAGUGAUUUAAGCAAAUAAUAGCCCGGGGCUACUCUUUCAGGUUUUGUUCAACCUUCUGUUUUCAUUCCUUUAAGGAUCAUUCUGACUCAUGAUAAGUGUUUGAUCUGUCAUAUUUUCUAUCAUACUGUGAAAACCUCAUAGUGUCAGCAUCAUACCUGUAUUUGUUUUCUGUCUCUGUUAAGCAUCUGUCUGUUAGUCAGUCACUCUACAGCAGGAAACAGCACUUCAAAAUAAAAGCCCUGUGCUGGGAAUUCACUGUACUUCAAAAUUAAGUGUGUUAUUUACAAACUUGACACGUUUGCGAGUCACUUGUGGUCCAUUCAGAGCAGACCUGUAACCCACCAGUUAGGAACCACUGCUUUAAAAAUGUGCUCAGUGUCACUCUCAGCUCAGCGGUGUGUCUGUGACGUACAGAUCAUCUGACAUGAUUAGUGACACGUAGAUCAUUCUGCAGCAGCUGUGUUUGUCAACAGAUGUGUGGACCCUGUUUACUCCAGUUCAUCUAGAAUUUCCUGUUUUUGGAUCCUUGGUUCAGCAGAGACGUGACAGAGAAUCAAACUCUCCUUCCUGUUUUACCGUCACACAUGUUUGACGUACAGACGAUCACGUUAGCAGCGAAAUCUUCCUUUAAGAAGUGUUUUUAGGUUGAAGCUGGGACACACCCACUGUCCUCGGACUCAUUGGUUGCUAUAGCAACUGUGUGUGUGUGUGUGUGUGUGUGUGUGUGUGUGUGUGUGUGUGUGUGUGUGUGUGUGUGUUUGUGGCCCUGCUGCGUUCACUGACUCUCUGUCCUGUUGGAACAAACAAACAGCAGUUCUUCAUCAUCAUCAUCAUCAUCAUCAUCAUCAGAAGCUUCAAUCAGCCGACUGAGAAAAGACAUGAUUGAUCGUGUUUGAAGGAUUUUUGUCAGUUAUUUGUAAAUAAAGAUUUUUGACUACGA